CUGUUCCAGACUUCCUGUUUCUUUUGCUAUCGCUCAGGACCUGACGACCUUCCCUCUUCCAGCCCGUAAUUACAUUUCUCUUACUUCCAGUGAGAUUUCAGCAGGCAGAGAUUCGGGGAGAGAGAGAGAGAGAAAGAGAGAGAGAGAUGGAGGACGGAUAACAGAGAGAGACAGAACGGUGUGAGAAAGGAGAAAGGGGAGAGGAGUUUGGGAAAUGGAAAGAGGGGAACGAGAUGGAGAAAUAAUGAUAGGGCGAUUCGCAGUGGAGGAAGGCGGAUGAUGGAGACUGUGGGAGUGAGAAAAAAGGGAGGAGAGAACAGGAGAGAUAUUUCUGCAGGAAAAGUGGAUAUAAUUACAUUUCUUUUAUUAGAGCCACCAGUUUGAGAGAAAGCAAGAGAGAGAGAGAGAAUAAGAUGCACCGCACGGAAACUGGAACAAGGAGAAAAAUCACCUAUUUUGGGACCACAUGACUUCCCGAUAAAGCUCCCUGCCUGCUAUCAGUUUACAGAUACACGCUGCGGAAUAAAUCAUCCCCAGGAGCACAUUUCUGUUAAGUUCUCUUUCAUUUUUUUUCAUUCAGUUUGGGGAGAGAGAAAACACUUUUUAUCUACCACUUUCAGCCUUUUUGGCUUACGCUGGUGCUCAAUGCCAUAUGCUGUCAAUGGCCUGGAUUCAGUCAAUAUUUGAAUUUUUUUUUUUUUUUAAUAACAUUUUAUAACAAAUAAACGUUUAUAAGUCAUAUUUAUUUGUUAGACGUGUAAGUGCGCCUGCUCUAAAUGUUCGACUGCGCACUGCAGCUUUGUCACGCAAAAUUAUUAAUGCCGAACCUCCUGGGUAUCCUGCUGUUUUCACGGACGCUUCCAGCACCUUCUCUCAUAGCCAUUAUUAUACAAAGUGUUUCUUUAUUUCCCUGACCAGCCCGGAAGACAGGCCGAAAGCGCUGGAACAAAAGGUCGCACGGCAUGUGUGCUGGCAUGAAUCAAAAAAGUUCGCGGCCUCACCCACACCGACCCUCCGGAAACAUAAUUGUUUAUCCGCUGCUUCUGUUGGCGUAACGUCCCCUGGCCUCCAUACGUUUAGCUGAUACGAUGUUUCCCGGCUUUGAUAUCACCGCGGCAGAGCAUAUUCCAAACAGUUUCCACUUUGGCUCCCACAAUGCACUGCACUGUCAAAGGCACAGAUCGUGGCACUGACAGAAGCAGAAGCUCUACUGCAAGCGAGACUCCGCGGCAUGGGGAAAUUAAAUUUUAAAAACAGGUUUUUUUGUGACAGAUCCGGAGAGCAGAGAACACAGGAGGGAACACUUCUUCGUCUGGAGGGAUUGGUAGAAGAAUGCAGGUCCCGUGCGCCCGAGGGCAGGAUGGCGUUGCGUUGGCAGAGUGCCGCGGCUGGUAGAUGGUCGCUGUUGAUGCUCCUAUGGCAGUGGACGGUGCUGGGCCACCUGGGCUGGGCGCUGGUCCUGGCGGCCGCGCCGCCCGACCUGAGCCCCGCCCCCCUCUCCGGCGUCGGGGGGCCCGGCGGCCGGCUGGACUGGCUGCUGUCUGACAAGGGCCCCUUCCACCGCAGCCCCGAGUACACGGAGUUCAGGGAGCGGUUCCAGCAGGGCUUCACCACCCGCUACAAGAUCUACAGGGAAUUCAGCCACUGGAAGGUGAACAGCUUGGCAACGGAGAAACGGGACUUUCUGAAGACCCCGUUGCCCCUGGCGCCGGAGUUCUUCCGGAACCUUCGGCUCCUGGGACGCAGGCCCAGCCUGCAGCAGAUCAACGAGAACCUGAUCAAGAAGUACGGGACACACUUCCUGGUUUCGGCUACGCUCGGCGGGGAAGAGUCGCUCACCAUCUUCCUGGACAAGCAGAAGCUGAGCAAGAAGUCGGAGGGCAGCGGGAACAGCUCGGUGGUCUCCCUGGAGAUCCUGCACCAGCUGGCUGCCUCCUACUUCACCGACCGGGAGAGCACCCUGAGGAGGCUGCACCACCUGCAGAUUGCCACGUCCGCCAUCAAGGUAACAGAAACCAGGACCGGACCCCUUGGAUGCAGUAAUUAUGACAGCCUGGAUUCUGUCAGUUCUGUCUUGGUACACAGCCCUGAGAACAAAAUCCACUUAAAAGGUCUCCAGGACGUCCUGCCCGAGUUCCUCCGCUCGCGGUUCGUGGAGGCGGCGCUCAGCUACGUGGCCUGCAACUCCGAGGGCGAGCUCCUGUGCCGAAACAACGACUGCUGGUGCCGCUGCACCGCCAAGUUCCCAGAAUGCAACUGCCCCUUCGCCGACAUCAAGGCCAUGGAGGAGAACCUGCGCAAAAACAAGGAGUCCUGGAUCAACCUCAACGUGGAGUUUGAGGAAUCAGAGGAAUUCAAGGCCUUCCUGAAGAGGCUGCCCAGCGACCACUUUCUCAACUCGUCCACGGUGCUGAAGUUCUGGACCGCGGACUCCGCCCUCCAGCGUCGCUACGGGCAACUGGAGGCGGGGACCAAGCUGCUGCAGGGGAAGGCGCAGAAGAUCGUGAGGAAGCUCUUCACCCUGAGCAAGCGCUGCCCCAAACAGCCCAAACUCAGCCUGCCGAGAGAAAGGACGACGAGCUACUGGCUGCGGCGGGCGCAGUCCCUCCUGUACUGCAACGAGCACGGCGUCCUGGGCGCGUUCUCGGAGGAGGCGCACGGCUGCACCUGCGCGGCGGAGAACGCGGCCUGCCAGGGGGCGGUGCCCUGCCUGGUCGCCGAGGGGACCUGCUGCGCCGCCUGCGACCCGGAGAACGUCACCCGCUGCGGCGCCUGCCACCCGGGCAACGUCCUGCACGCGGGCGGCUGCCGGGCGGACGUGGCCGGCUCGCUCGACCACUACGUCAACUUCGACUCGGACGUGCCCGACGCGGAGGCCCGCUUCCUGCUCCGGAGGCUGGACAGCCGGGUGGAGGUGCACGCCAUCUACAUCAGCAACGACGUGCGCCUGGGCAGCUGGUUCAACCCCGCCUGGAGGAAGCGCAUGCUGCUCACGCUCAAGAGCAACAAGAACAAGUCCAACCUCAUCCACAUGCUGCUGGGCAUCUCCUUCCAGAUCUGCGCCACCAAGAACAGCACCCUGGAGCCCGUGCCCGCCAUCUACGUCAACCCCUUCGGGGGCAGCCACUCGGAGAGCUGGUUCAUGCCCGUCAGCCAGCAGGACUUCCCCGACUGGGAAAGAACUAGACUGGAGGGCUCGCUGCAGUGCUACAACUGGACGCUGACGCUGGGCAGCAGGUGGAAGUCCUUCUUCGAGACGGUGCACAUCUACCUGCGCAGCCGCAUCCUGACCGACGACCCCGCCGUCAACGAGACGCUCUUCUACGAGCCGCUGGACCUGGACGACCGCACCUCCAACCUGGGCUACAUGAAGAUCAACAGCCUGAAGGUGUUCGGCUACAGCAUGCACUUCGACCCCGAGGGGAUCAAGGACCUGAUCCUGCAGCUGGACUACCCGUACACCCAGGGCUCGCAGGACGCGGCGCUGCUGAUGCUGCUGGAGAUGAGGGACCGGAUCAACCGGCUGUCCCCGCCCGGCGCCCAGCGGCUGGACCUCUUCUCCUGCCUGCUCCGGCACCGCCUCAAGCUGUCCACCAGCGAGGUGGUCAGGAUCCGCGACGCCCUCCAGAUGUUCAACUCCAAGCUGCCCGGCUCCGCCGAGGAAGAGCUGGGACAGCUGUGCAGCUAGUCUGCGGCGCGCCGACCACGCCCUUUCGCCCCCGCGCUCCGCCCCCCCCCCCAGCGCGGGUGCCCUCUGACCCUGGCUGUCUCCACGGCAACAGUGACAAGCAAACUUAAGGGGAAGGUCUCGCGGUCCACAUGUUCAUAGUUCCAUCAGCCACACACUAGCCAGGCCCCUGAGUUUGCAUGCAGAAGGACUUGAAAGAGGGGGUUGGGGGGUGGGGGGGGGAGGUAGGUGGAGGAGGUUUCGGAGAUGGAGACUGACUAUGGCCCAUUUAACGCAGGUUUGAAAAACCGGUUUCGAUGUGAACUGCCAGUUCCUUCAGGAUGUUUUUUUUGUUUGUUUUUUUUUAACAGCAGCUAACAGUCAACAGCGUGGUUCUCAAAGGGCAGGGUUAAAUGGUUGUGCUGAAGUUCCUAGCUGUUCUAUCGGUUUAUUGUGCAAAAAACUGAAGAUGCCCAUGGCUUUCCAUAUGGAAGAUGACACUUUCAGAUGUGUUUGUAGUGACAUUAUUGACGAGCAAAGUUGUUUUUUUUUUUUUUUUUUUUGCCAUAGCACAGGUAUAUUUGAAAGGAAAAGGUUAUUAAUACUAAAUCAAUCCUGCUAAUAUAUUGUGAAGCUUAAGUGUCAAGCAUAGUUAACAAUCCAUCCAUGACAUCUUUCAAAUUUUUCAAUCUCUGCUUUGAUUAUUUUAAUUUUUUUUUCUGAAGUCAUAUUUGGUGUAUGGCGUUAACAGCUGUUGGUUUUUUUUUUAAUAUAAGUUUGACUGAGAUGCCUUUUUUGGCGUUCCUGGUAUUCCACCAUACACCGAAACCAAAAUGAGGAAACAUUUGGUUCAAACCGAAUGGCAAAAUGUCUGUUUUUGUAAAUUCUUUUAAAAAAUAUAUAUAUAUAUCAAGCGGAUAUAGCACCAUUUGACAUGGCAUUAAUACGGUUUGUGAAUAUCUCUGUAAAUAACGCUUCAUCUUAUUGUUAAAAUGUGAAACUUGCAUAUUGUUUUUUUUAAAUACAUAAGAGUUAAUUACAGAAUUUGCACAAGUGCAAAUGCCAAAAAAAACACUUCUAAUGACACAGAAUCAACGUCUAAAUGCCUUACAAGUCAAUGUUUUUCUGGAACUGAAGCACACUUAGUUGGCUGUGUAAUUUACAGUGCUCUUCUUUCCUUCUCAAACCUUGUUCCACUAAAGGGAAACUUCACUAUAAAUGUAAAAUGGAAUAUGUUGUUCCAAACCUCUCUCUUAAUUAUCCAUAUUUUAACGUUCCAGUGCUCAAGCGGUGGUCUAAUUGGAAAUCCCCAGCCUCCUUUACCUUUUAAUUAUCUUCCUGUCAACGAGGAUCAAAUUAUUCUUCCUCGCGUCUCUCUUCCUCUCUGUGUACCGUGACAAAUUACUGGUCAUUAACGGUCGCAUUUAGCUUCACAGUCUGACCAGUUAAAUAGAUAAAUUCAGACUCCAAAUGCAACGUUUUAGCUGUGGAUAUUGGCCUAAAUUCAGUCGAUGUUUGUCCUUAACAUUUGCUCAUUGUUUUAUGUAAGUGCUUUUUCUUCACUUAUAUAAUAAUAAUAAUAAUAAUAAUAAUAAUAAUAAUAAUAAUAAAGACCUAUAUGACGAAAUAAACAUCUGUAUAAACUGUACAAAGGGAAAAGUGUAGUGAAUAUCUCAAAAUCUCGAUCUCAAUGGGGGGGUUUUAGUUAGCUAAUAGCUCUUUAGUAUAAUCGGGGUUUGAAGGCAGAGACAGUAUUGACUGAAUUCCAGGCAAUACUGCAUGGAAUCUGAAUUCAUCUGUCCAUGUUAUCGGUGUGAGCUGUGCUAAGAGUAAAAAAAAAGGACACAGCCGUCUUGAGGAAUUCUGAAUUUAGAGGAAUAACACUAAUUGGUUUCAGCAACAAAAAAAAUAUAUAUAUAUAUAUAUUAAGUAAAAAUUAAAUGUUGGAUAUGCCUCAGGGCAGCCACCUUUAUGUUAUCUGAAGAUCCAAAUUCAUAUUUUAAACUCUAGAGGAGGGAAAUGUCAGUGACGAAUGUCAGAAUAAGAACGAACCGUGGAAAGAUAUUAAGACCGACAUUAAGAAAGGAACCUAUUCCCUGCAAUUAAUUAUGUAUAGCUACUAAUCUGUAAAGUAACAAACAAUGUAUAACAUUGUAGAUUUUCAGUGAAGUUACUCUUUAAAUGUCACACCAUACCCUUUUCAAGAGAUACGUAUUUCAUUAAUAAAGUAUUACUAUCAAAUUGCUUUUCUAUCCAUCUGUCAAUCAAAUUCAUCAUUUGAAAUAUUUCAAGGGAAAGAUCUGUGCAAAAGUACAUUCUCGUGCUGUUCAUUUAAGAGUGCGACGGAGAAAGACUGGGUUCAUAAAUCAAUAAUCCUGCAAAGUUGGUCUUUUCGCCAUCUCAGUGAAGUCUGUUAAAAUGUGAUAUGCGGCAACAUAAUUGGCUAAGGGAAGCUAUCUUCUACCUUCAUGAAUUCUUCUCUUGCAAUAUCGCAGAUUCUCCAUCACGUCGGAUGCCAUCUCAAAGCAACUAUUGUGCAUUUUCUGUGUUUCCAAGAAUUGUGAAUUGUAACACUGUCAGUGGAGUUUGGUAGGAACCUUGGAGUCCAGUCAAAAAUGAACAGAUUUUUUUUUUUUUUUUUUUUUUAGAUGUCUCUGUUCCAAGUACUUUAAAUUCAUGUGUCGGCAUUAAACGUAUACAUAAAUUGCA